AUGGAUGCGGAUCGGGUCGACUCGGUUCUGGAUCAUAUCCUCAACAAUGAUGAGGAUAAUGCUGUCGAAGACAGUACUACUGUACAGGUGAAAAAUCCGAGAGCAAGAGAAACCGGUGACAAAAUCGAAGUGUUCUACUCGAGAAAGACCACAGUUGUAUCACCGCCGAACUCAGACGAGGAAGAAUUUUGCUCGGAUUCUGAGCUUCUCGGAAAAGAACACGGCUACCGAUCGAGAGCAACAUCGUUUCAUGGAAGAGCACGCGCCGGAAGCGACGACGAACCCGACGGUUUUCCAAGAAACCGCACACUGCGAUACCGACGAAAAAAGGGAGGAGAAUGGCGUGAAAUUCACAGUCAGGGAACGCCGGAUCGAAGGAAAGAUGAUGAAGAUGAGCUUGAGGUUGAUGUGAAGGAGGAGCACUCGGAAGCUACUGGAAUUGUCACAAAGACAUAUGAAGCUCGCUGGAAGGUGUUGAAGUAUGAACACUUGCCAGAAUGGCUUCAGGACAACGAAUUUUUAAGACAUGGACACCGUCCACCGCUUCCGUCAUUUACUGAAUGCUUCAAAAGUAUCUGGUCGCUUCACACAGAAACGGGAAAUAUUUGGACACACUUGAUUGGUUGUGUGGCGUUCUUCUUGUUGGGAUGCUGGUUCUUGACAAGGCCUGAUAAUCAUAUUCAGUUCCAGGAGAAGGUCGUUUUCUCUUUCUUCUUUGUCGGCGCCGUCAUGUGUCUUGGACUGUCGUUCGCAUUUCAUACUCUUUCGUGUCAUUCGCAUGCAGUCGGAAAAUUCUUCUGCAAACUGGAUUAUAUGGGAAUCUCGAUGCUUAUAAUUGGUUCGUUCAUACCAUGGAUUUAUUAUGGGUUCUAUUGUCGACGGGAGCCAAAAAUCACGUAUAUUGGAAUGGUAGUCGUAUUGGGAUGCGGGGCCAUAGUUGUCUCGCUAUGGGAUAAGUUCAGCGAAUCGAAGUUCCGACCAAUUCGAGCGGGAGUUUUUGUAGGAAUGGGAUGCAGUGGAAUCGUUCCUACGAUCCAUUACAUCAUAACAGACGGUGUCCGAUCACUAUUUGAAGAUAAUUCGUUCCAUUGGCUUCUCCUGAUGGCCUUCCUGUAUCUACUAGGCGCACUAUUGUACGCAACUCGAACGCCGGAGAGAUUUUUCCCAGGGAAAUGUGAUAUUUGGUUUCAAUCGCAUCAAUUGUUCCAUACAUGCGUCGUCAUUGCCGCAUUUGUGCAUUACUACGGAAUUUCGGAAAUGGCAAUGGCUCGUCUCAACAAUCAGUGCCCCGUCGAAACAUAG